UGACCAAUCAAUUUUGCAAAAAUAGGCACUUGGCCUGUCUAUAGGUAAUAGACAAAAAUCCCUAUAAAUUACCGGUGCAGUGGUGCCCAAAUGCAACCACUCAUUCUGACAUGCAAAUAUUGACUUGGAAGAACAACUUUCCUUGGACCAUUUCGGUGAAAGUCCUUACUACACUGACAAAACCAGUAGCAAAAAUGGCUCCCAUCGCUCUCCUCCCCUUCCUCAUCCUUAACUUGGCCGUUGCCACCGCAGCGCCACCACUGCGGCCUCGAUUUUAUGAGAAAACUUGCCCGGAAGCUGAACAUCUGGUCAGGGAUGUGAUCAAGAAGAACAUGGAAAGGGAACCAAGAAGUGCUGCAUCAGUGAAUCGCUUGCAAUUCCACGAUUGCUUUGUUAAUGGAUGUGAUGGUUCAUUGUUGCUGGAUGAUACGUCAAACAUGCUCGGGGAGAAAUUAUCUUUGUCGAAUAUAAAUUCAUUAAGAUCAUAUGAAGUUAUUGAUGAAGCCAAGGAAACCUUGGAGGGGGUCUGCCCAGGUGUCGUCUCUUGUGCCGAUAUCCUAAUCAUGGCUGCAAGAGAUGCAGUGGUUCUAAGUGGAGGACCUGACUGGGAAGUGAAAUUAGGAAGGCAAGAUAGCUUGACAGCAAGCCAAAAAGAUGCAGAUGACAUAAUGCCAAGUCCAAGAGCCAAUGCAAGUUAUCUCAUUGAUCUCUUCAGAAAAUUCAAUCUCUCUGCCAAAGAUUUAGUAGCCCUUUCUGGCUCCCACUCCAUUGGCAAAGGAAGGUGCUUUUCUAUUGUUUUUCGACUCUAUAAUCAAUCCGGCACGGGCAGACCGGACCCUGCAAUUGAUCCGAUUUUCAGAGAGAAUUUAGAUAAGCUUUGUCCACGGGGAGGAGACGGAAAUGUAACAGGGGGCUUGGAUGCAACUCCAGAGAGAUUUGAUAAUCAGUACUUUAAGGACUUGAUGAAUGGAAGAGGAUUUCUCAAUUCUGAUCAAACUCUGUUUACAUAUCCGAAGACUAGGCAAUAUGUGAGGCUAUUUGCAAGGAAUCGGGAUGAAUUUCUCAAGGCCUUUGUCGAGGGGAUGAUUAAAUUAGGUGAUUUACAAUCAGGUCGCCCUGGGGAAAUUAGACAGAAUUGUAGAGUAGUUAAUAGCAGGCCAGUCGAUGAAUUAAUGUAGACUUGAAGACAAAAGAAGUUAGUUACUGCUAUCAAGAGUCAUAUAGAGUUGUUUUCAAUAAUAUGUAAGAGGUGAAAAUGUUGUCCACAUCAAUCUGUAGACAAUGCUGCUGUUAAUAUUAAUUUGAUUGUUAUUAUCUAUUAGUCAGAA